UGGUAAGUUCUAUGGCACUCUCGCUCAAAGGAGUGAACAAUUGAACAAUGAAACCCAUCGCCUGAGUAACUUAUCCUUGGGAGUCUCAAUUAUUUAUUAAGGUCGUGUCCGGACUCCUCCAACUUUUUUUUUGUUUUUUUUUUUUAAUUUCUUCCGAUCUUCCCUUUCUCACUCGUCGCUCUCCUACCUAAGAGGAUCGGUCGCCUUCCAGCACCUUCGACAAUCCAUUAGUCUAGCCAGGUCCUGCACGAAGUUGAUAUAACGGGGCUAUCAAGAGUUAUUGUAUAUUAAAAUUACCGCAUGUAAAUUCCAGAGAUGACGAUGGCAUUUAAUGUACUUCAAGGUCCAGAAAAACUGCGACAAGUUACCAAAUUGUUGGACUCUUUGGAGAAAGAUAUUCAAUCGAAAACCUUGACUUCUUCGCAGAGAACACAGACCUUGUUACAACUUAGGCAACACGGUACCAGCCCGGACAAUGCUGGGCCCAUCUAUUCGAAGAGGGGAAUUGAAAUCCUGUCGAAAUAUGGGGUUGAUGGGGAGACAAACGACGUGCGUCGAGCUGCCCUUCGUUGCGUUGCGAAUGCUCUCUUGUUGGAUGAGAAUAUGCGCCAGAUAUUCGCGGAUACCGGUCGAGGCGGUAAAUUGGCAGAGAUGCUCAAGUGUGAUUCUUCCGAAGACGAAAUGGUCAUCAGUCGGAUCCUGUUCCUGUCAACUUAUGACACCAAUAUGGAUUUCGAAGUGUUGAUCAAUGAGCAUUCCUUGGGUGAUAAUGUCAACUAUCAAAUUCUCCGUCAUUCCAAACAGUUCCCAAAGUCUGGAAGGAAGCCUUUAUCUCAGAUUGAUGAGUUGGCUUUCACUGACACAUUGAAGCUUGUAUUCAACGUGUCCAAGCUUUUUCAAGAUCUAUCUCCUACUUUUUCGCCUUCAAUCCCCUAUAUCUUCAAGAUUAUCAGCCGUAUCGACAUUCCGUUCAAACCCUUGGAUGGUCUUUUAGGAACUCUACUAAACUGCCUGUCAACCCUCGAUCUUGAAAAUAAAAAGGGGAAGCCUUUUGACAGCAGCCCUUUAUUUCCCACAUUUAACCAAAAUUGCAACGUGGACAAAUUGAUCAACGUUCUAGAUCAGUCUGUAUCGCUCUAUAGCCCUGCGGAGCUCGAAACAAAGGCCAUUCCACUUCUUCACUCGCUGAUCACUAUUCAUGAAUUGGCGCCAGAAGGCCCCCGUAAGUAUAUGCAGUGGCUCCUCUUACCCGAUGAUAGUGACAGAAGUCGACCCAUCGGACAGUCCGAUACUCUCUCUUCAAAACUGCUUAAACUUUCAACCAUGCCACAACCGAACCUCAAAAUUGCAAUCUCUGAGCUCAUGUUUGUCCUUUCCGGAAAGAACGCCGAGAAUCUGACCAAGAAUAUUGGCUAUGGAUUUGCUGCGGGACUGCUUGCCUCACGUGGCAUAGAUAUUCCUCAAACCGCAGGCGAAGCAUUUGCGACAAAUGCUGAAGGGCUUGAUCCAGAGGUGAACCCAAUAACAGGACAGAGAUGGGAUGCAGAGCAACAAGACACCGGUCCACCUAUGACCCAGGAAGAGAAAGAGCGAGAGGCAGAAAGGCUUUUCGUGCUUUUUGAGAGGGCCAAGGCAAAUGGUAUUCUCACCGUGGAGAACCCUGUUACACAAGCACUUCGCGAGGGAAGGUUUGAAGAGUUGUCCGAUUCUGGUGAUAGCGAUUGAAUUUUGGGAAUGCCCACUAUGAUUGCAUUCUUCAUCCGUUUUUCAAGUAUUCCAGUCGUACUGAGUUCAUCACUACCUAGUAGUAUAUAAAGCGCAUUAAAAUCUAAUUCGGACUGUUUAUAAUCAUCCCAGUCCAAGACUGAGCUUAAAUCAGCUCUAGGAAAGCAAUAUCACAUUAUUACAUCUUGAAUGUUUAAUAAGACAGCAGCAGAUUUGCCUCAUUCGUAAAUUCUGUACCUUUCGC